AUGCUCCCAUACAUCCUCUCCCUACUGUGUCUCCUCCUCCACACCCAAGGAGCCACCACCACCCCCAUCCACCCCAUCACCAGACAAACCUGCCAAUCCACCGGCCACUGUCCACCAGGAACCCUAAUCGUCAGCCGAACCCCCAACCACAAAAACACCACGCACCCAACCCUCCAAUCCGCCAUAAACUCCCUCCCCAACGACAACACCCCACAAACAAUCCUCCUCCUAGCAGGCACCUACAUCGAACAAGUAAACAUAACCCGCCCAGGCCCACUAACCCUCCUGGGCGAAACAAGCAACCCCAGAGACGCAUCCCGCAACCGCGUGCGCAUAACCUGGGCCGCCGCCAACAGCGACAGCACCGGCGCCGUCGACAACGUCUUCUCCAGCGUGCUGGUCGUAGCGCCCACGCUCGAGGCUAGCCUCACGGGCACGGGCCCGACGGGGUAUCCCGUGCCGGCGGACACGCCGUUUGGGAAUACGGAUUUCCGCGUGUAUAAUGUUGACUUUGAGAAUACUUGGGCGGAGUACUCUGAUGGGCCGGCGCAUGCGUUGAGUCUUAGUCGGGCUAAUGGGGGGUUUUAUUACUGUGGGUUUUAUUCGUAUCAGGAUACGGUCUACAUAGGCAAACUAGGCAACGCCUACUUCUACCAAAGCAUCCUAGCCGGCCAAACCGACUUCCUCUACGGCUUCGGCACAGCCUGGAUUCAAUCCAGCGCGCUCCAGCUGCGCGGCUGCGGCGGCGGCAUAACCGCCUGGAAGGGCACGAACACCACAACCCCGAACAAGUACGGCGUGUACAUAGUCGACUCGAGCGUGCGCGCCGCGAAUGCCUCCGUAGCGACUGAUAUCCAGGGCGCGUGUGCGCUCGGCCGGCCGUGGAAUAGCCAGCACCGGUCGAUCUUUGCGCGCUGUUAUGAGGACGGCAGUGUUGAUCCGCGCGGGUAUGUUGAUUGGGUUGUUGGUGGUGUUGGGCGCUUCGAGGAGGGCGUUACGCUUAUGGCGGAGUAUCGGGAUUUUGGGCCUGGGGUUAAUGUGACUGGACGGGUUGAGGGGGGUGUUACUUCUGUUCUUGGAUUGGGGGGUUGGGAGGCGUAUAGUACUCCGCUGAAGGUUUUUGGGGAUGUGGAGUGGGUUGAUUGGGGGGUUGUUAGGGGGACUGAUUGA